GGUCAUCUCCCCAGGGACUCUCCUCCACCCCUACACCCUCACCAUUGAUAUUUCUCUGCACGAAGAAGAGCAGCCGCCACGAUUGCUCGCCAGGACAACAACACGGUCUUCGCUAUGCCCCAUAAAGGAGGUACGGGCGUGAACCAGAUGGGCGGAGUGUACGUCAACGGGCGCCCGCUGCCAGACCACAUCCGCCACAAGAUUGUCGAAAUGGCCCACUCAGGCGUGCGCUCCUGCGACAUCUCCCGCAUACUUCAAGUGUCCAAUGGCUGUGUAUCCAAGAUCCUUGCUAGGUACUACGAGACAGGCUCCAUCAAGCCCCGAGCCAUUGGAGGUUCAAAGCCCAGAGUAGCUACACCUCACGUGGUCAACAAAAUCGCCGACUACAAGCGGGAGUGCCCGUCUAUCUUCGCUUGGGAGAUCCGUGACCGACUACUCUCAGAAUGCGUGUGCACCAACGAUAACAUUCCUAGUGUAUCGUCCAUCAACCGCGUGUUGAGAAACUUGGCAGCACAGAAGGAACAAGGCUCGGGCGUGGGUGUGGGCGCAGGCAGCGGCGAGAGCGUCUACGACAAGCUGCGGAUGUUCAACGGUGGAGCUGCGGCGGCGGGCUGGGCUGCGGCCUGGUACCCGGGUGCUGCGGCUGGCCACCUAGGCUUACCGCAGCACCACAACACGGCACUGCCGCCACUCCCGCGGGAGGACCCCAAGAGAGGGCUCUUCUCGCCGUCAGACAACAACAACGAAGUGACCAGUGACGGCAACAGUGAACACAACUCCAGCACUGAUGAAGACUCACAACUUCGCCUCAGACUCAAACGCAAACUACAGAGAAAUAGAACCUCUUUCACCAAUGAACAAAUCGACGCCCUCGAGAAAGAGUUCGAGAGGACCCACUACCCUGAUGUCUUCGCUCGGGAGCGACUGGCGGAGAAGAUCGGACUACCAGAGGCCAGGAUACAGGUUUGGUUCAGUAACCGUCGCGCUAAGUGGCGGCGCGAGGAGAAGCUGCGCAACCAGCGUCGUAGCGUCGACCAGGUGGGCGUGGGCGUGGGAGUGGGUGUGGGCAUGGCCAACAGCGCCGCCGCAGCCGCAGCUUCCAGACUACCGCUACAGUCAGGAUUCAACUCCAUGUAUCCCUCAAUCCCUCAACCCAUCGGAACUAUGGCAGACUCUUACAGUAUGUCAGGGUCGUUGAGCUCCAUGGGAGGGUCGUGUCUGCAGCAGAGGGACGCAGCUUCAGCUUACCCCUACAUGUUCCACGACCCGCUCUCCUCCCUCUCCUCCUCGUACCAGCGGUCUUCCUCCCAGCUCGCUUCCUGCGGCAACUCAGUGUCGCAGGCGGCAGUGUCCUCCUUCAACGCCGCCAGUCAUGCGGCGGCCGCCUCCUACGCCGCCGCCACCUCCUCCGCAAAUGGAACUGGCACAGGUUUGAUAUCUGCGGGAGUGUCAGUUCCAGUACAGAUCCCCAGCCAGACCCCCGACCUGAGUGCCGCUAACUACUGGCCGAGGCUUCAGUGAUGGUCUCUGAUGCGGGAGCCGGACCUGUCCGCCUCGCACUAUACACAAGUCUAGGCUCACUCCUGCUCAUGGAAGGGCUGAGGUUCGAGUGGCUUUUUUUAUAAUAAUGUAUGGUAUACAUACCCUGGUGGUAUGGUUGACCUUAGGGGAGUCACCUACCCAUAGGUGCGGCUUGCCCAUGGGAUGUGGUUACCCAUAGGGCAUGGCCUAUCCAUACGGUACGGUUUACCCAAAACGUGUAUCCUACCCAAGGGUCGUGAUUUACCCAUGGGGUGAGAGUUCACCCAUGAUGCGUGACCUUAGUGAUAGUUCCUCCUCAGACAUAACCAAGAAUGGGCGGACUAUCAUGUGCCAAUACUGUGCACAAUAGAUUUCUGAUUUUGUACCGCUGUCCAGUUUUGGGCUGAAAUUAUGUGGCAUCGUCGACGUUUCCGACCGUAUGGACACAAACUUAUGUUGUAGUGACGAGACCUCUUUUUUUUUUUUAUAAGUACUUUUGUUCCCGGUAGAAGAAAACACAACUGUGCUGGGUUUUAGGACAAACUCGUGCAAUCUGCGCUGAUACUCCGGCCAAUAUUCUUUUUUUCUUUGAAGUUUCUCAAGCGCAUGGUGAUAAAUUUUGACAGAAUUUAACACAAAGAAACUCCCAGUUAGGUACAAAUGAAGAUAUCAUUUGUAACCAAAAUAUUAUUAGCUGUAUAAUGCAUGCAGUCAUGUACAUUGGUAUAUGAUGAGUGAAAAUGAUGACGAUACCCGUAGCUUAGAAUUAUUCCUUAGUUAUAUAAGUUGCUCGUGCUUCUGAUGCGGCCACCAGCAUCCCUAAGUCAUAUUACAGAUUUAGUCACAGAAAACGAUGGUAGAGAAAAUGGAGUUAGUGAAAAUGGGAUGCUGUAGCCGAGCACUGAGAGACAGACAGGUGGCUGCCUACUCAGCUUCUGAGUGAUGGAAUGAAGCGAAUGGCCUCUUGACACCUAUUUAUUAUUGUAUAAAGGUGUGAAACAAGAAAUGUGUAUAGAGUAGUAGACUGUGUAGUUUAGUUAUCAUAUUCAUGCGUAUACACAACACAAUAACUCCCAAGUUCAUACCAACAAAAGCGAAAACUUACUCUCCCAUGUUUAAAUAGUUUCACCUCAACAUUUUCUUUCUGCGAUUUGAAAUCGAUCAGUUUAUUUUCCAGGCACAAAUCCUUUCCUCCUCGAGGCACUUAAUGAGUAAAGAAACUUCUAAUCACUAGAUUUUUUGACGUGUGCUAUAACAAGUGGCAGCGCAGGGUCUCAGUGAACCUUAUAAUAGCGGUUAUUAAGGUUUACCUGCUGGGACCCCCCGUCAAGGCCUGCCCACGAUUGAUAUCACUGCACUUAUGACAAAUUCAAUCUGAUCAGAUAUCAGACUUGGUUUCACCUGAAUAGCGCCGCAUUUCACGAACUAAUUUCCCAUAAAAUUAGCGACAAAAGAGUUCAUUCUGAGCGCAUGGUGGGAAUUUUACAGCGCAUUGCCAUGUUGAGAGUGUUCAGUGUAGCGGGAGGGGCGACCGCGGCUCCUUCAAUGGCUGUCAUUUGCAGAAUGGCAGCGGCCCACGACUCUGUUUACGCUCAAAACACCCCCAUGCUCGCCUCUUUUCCUCCAACCUUAAUUGAUUGGUGUUAUGUGAAUGGCUUACUCUAUUUUAUUUUGCACAAGUGAAAGGCCGACCUAAAUAAGUUUUGUUGUUAGAGCGCUGCAAAACUGCCAUGUUUUAAAAUGAUAAAUUCUUUAGUUGUGAAAUUAGUGAAAAAAGGUUGAGCAUUCUCGUCAAAAAUGUGCAAAAAGCUGUAAGUAAUUACGAAACCGAGAAACUGUAAAACUAUAAAAUGCAAGUCUACUUAGUUUUUUUAACACUGUUGUGUUGUAAAGUGUAUUAUUGUAAGUGUGACUCUUGUGUUAUGCCAGUAGCUUUCUCUUAUAUCCUACUCACUGUGUCUUUGUAUUUAUUUUUAUACACCACAUGAAUGCCACACUACUGUAUAUGUAUAUAUCUGACUCAAUCAUACAACCAUAAUCAUAAAUUGUAGUCAAGAGAAUACUUAAUGAUAAUAUACUUGUUACACACACACAUAUACAUUUGGAUAGUAAAAUGAUGAAAAAAUAAAUGAUGGACAAAGUGGCCUUUGAGCCGAUUGUUUAUACCUGAGGAAAGCCACAACUUCUCUGACUUCAUUAUCUUCUUCUCCUUCUAUAAUUUUGGGCAGCUGUCUGAGGGGAGUUAACAACAUUGCCUUUAUAAUAUAUUAAACUAUUGCUAUUUUUCAGAGGUAAAUUUUUCUGAGCUUUUCCGGGCUAUCAAUUAUAUUUUUUCCAGUGAAAAAAAAAAGUCAGUUGAUAUUUAAAUGGAAAAUUCGUGUGUUGCUUCAAUUCCAAACAAGACCUCAUAUUUUAUUCAUUUGAACAUCAAAAUUAUCAUAAAUUACACCGACCAUCAAUAGAAAUUUAUGUAUGAAAUCGGUACGUUUUAUAUAUUCGCUUGUCAUGAAUGACCAUAUUCAUCUUAUUGAAAAUAUACUCUGGUUAAUAAUGUAGUCACCUAAUUAAAUGUUAUGGUGCUACAACUCAGGUGAGAGUAUCAUAAAUACAGCAGUAGCUGUCACCUUUAUAUAGCGUUAACUUGCCCAUAACAUUCCCUACAUCAUUUCACAUAACAAUCUAUAUAUCCCAUCAGUUUCACAUUAUUUACUACGACCUUCCGUGGUAAGUGAAAAAAUAUUUGAAAUUGGUUUUACUGUUUUAAAAUUCAGGAAUAUUUUACAUAACAGUUAUAACUAUAUGUAUAUAUAGUUAUAACUGUUAUAUGUUGAUAAAUUAGACACAUGUGCAACUCUUGG